AUGAACACGAAUGAUAAGAAGCGGAUGGCGACCUCCCUCGAGCAGUACGAGCGCCCCCUCAGACUCCAACGCCACAAGAUCGCCCGAAUCAAACUGGAGUACACUAACGAGCCUGAAGAGAUGCAGAAAACCGCCCUCGUCCAACUCUCCAUCGGCAAGACUCAGCCGGUGCUUCUCUUCCAACUGAGUGCCGCUAAAAGGUGCACCAUCUUUGACAAUUUCCUCGUUGACCCCCAGUACACAUUUGCCGGCUUCUCCAUCGACGGUGACAAAACCAGGCUCGAGCGCAUCAACUUGGAGGUGACCAACUUCAUCGAUAUCCAGAAGGAAUGGACGGUGCCCGAGGCCACCAAGGAGUUGGACUCCCUUGAGGACGUCGCCCGCAUGCUCAUCGACGACUACUACAACGACGUGAAGAAGAAGAUCACCAACAAGGAGCACAUGCGCUCAGGCUCCCUGCCCCUAUCCAAGAGGCACAUCAAGUACGCGACAAAGGACGCGUACAUAGUGUACGAGAUAUGGAAACGAAUCACCCUCUCCCACGAUGGGCUUCGUUGCACAAAGCUGAAGAAGGAGGAGCCACCCAUGAAGCACGCCAGGAGCUAG